AUGGCACAUUAUCACUCAAACCCUACGUACUUGGAAAUGGAAGAUUUAGUUCAUCGAGCAGUGCUUUCGCAGAGAGAAGGCAAUCUGAGCACAUUUAUGGAGAAUUUGAACCAGAUGCAAACUAUUGUCGAACGCGACUACGGAUUAGACAAACAAUCGGUUGAAGACUCAAGCGUGAACUAUCAGUCGGCAAAUCAAGGAAGCAUUCCAUCAACUAGCUUAAUGGUUGAUAUCCGUCUAAUUCGAUUGGAUAUCAAUGCAAUCUAUGUACAAUUAAUGUUGAUGUCGAUAGAGGAUAAUUCUCAACGGAAACUAGGCAAAGUCAUUCGUGUCGAAACUUACUCCCAAUAA